GGAAACGAAGGAGAAGAGAGGGUGUUGGGCGGUUUGCGUCGAACCAUUUUGUCGCUCGCUAUCCGGGCGACGCAGAGACGAAAAUCGAACACACCGUAGACGGGACAACCACGUCACUCGGCGGAGACAUGCCACAUACUCGCUUGACGUUAGCCAGCGGUUAGCACCUGGCUGCUCAGGGGGACUUUCACUGCUUUGUUAGUCAUGAUGAUAAGUGAGGAGAACGGGAUGGAGCCGUGGAAUAAGCCUAAUCAGCCUCCUUCAGCCGACUGAUUAAUAAAAUACGUUGAAUAAACCCUCAAGUUGAAGACAAUCCACACCAUGGGAAGGAUCAGCUUUUCGUGCCUUUUCCCAGCUUCAUGGCAUUUCAGCCUGUCAUCCCAGGUUCUUCCUCGGCUCCUGAUACCUUCCCUCAGACAGCUGCUCUUCAUCGGCCUGGUGCUCUGCCUCAUAGGACUACUUUACCUGCUGCUCGUCACUGGAAAGGUGCACGGCAGCUGGAUCAGAAAGGAAAAUCACUUCCACAGGCACUUGGCCAGGGUGACUGAUGUGGACACAACGGACACAAGCAACCCCAACCUGAACUAUGGCCUGGUGGUGGACUGUGGCAGCAGUGGGUCAAGGGUAUUUGUGUACUGCUGGCCCCGGCACAAUGGUAAUCCCCAUGAACUGCUGGACAUUCGGCAAAUGCGAGAUCAACACCGCAAGCCAGUGGUCAUGAAGAUCAAACCGGGUAUCUCUGAAUUGGCGAAAACACCUGAGAAAGCCAGUAACUAUAUAUAUCCCCUGCUGAGCUUUGCAGCCCAACACAUUCCCAAAAAUAAACACCAAGAAACACCCUUGUAUAUCCUGUGCACAGCCGGAAUGAGAAUCCUUCCUGAAAGUCAACAAGAAGCACUUCUUGAGGAUCUGCGCACAGACAUCCCAGUCCACUUCAACUUCCUCUUCUCUGAUUCCCAUGUAGAAGUGAUAUCUGGAAAACAGGAAGGUGUCUAUGCAUGGAUUGGCAUAAACUUUGUCCUUGGAAGGUUUAACCAUGUGCACAAUGAUGGGGCAGCUGUCGUGGAGGUACAUGUCCCAGGCAGCGAUCAGCAGGAGGCGCUGGUGAGGAAAAGGACUGCCGGUGUCCUGGACAUGGGCGGGGUCUCUACACAGAUCGCAUAUGAAGUGCCCAAAACUGUAAGCUUUGCUUCUCCACAGCAGGAGGAAGUUGCCAAGAACUUACUGGCGGAGUUCAACUUGGGGUGUGACGCACAUCGCACAGAGCAUGUUUAUCGUGUUUAUGUGUCCACCUUCCUGGGUUUUGGUGGAAAUGCAGCACGCCAAAGAUAUGAGGAAAGCCUCAUUAGAAAUACUGACACGCGAAACAAGAUGUUAGGUCAGCAUGUUGGUGAGACAACAGAGUCUCCCUUCCUGGACCCUUGUCUACCCACAGACCUGCAGGAUGAGAUUGGUCCAUCUACGCAGAAGCUCUAUCUGCGGGGCACAGGAGACUUUGACCAGUGUCGCCAGAUUCUCCAACCAUUCCUCAACCGCACCAAUGAGACCCGAACCUCCCUCAGUGGUAUCUACCAGCCUGCCAUUGACUACAGCAACAGUCAGUUCUACGGCUUCUCUGAGUUCUACUACUGCACGGAGGAUGUGCUGCGCAUGGGCGGGGAUUAUAACGCUACGAAAUAUGCCCAGGCAGCUAAGAGUUACUGUGCCACCCAGUGGAAGACUCUGAGGGAGCGCUUUGACUCUGGCUUGUAUGCCUCACAUGCUGAUCUUCACAGACUGAAGUACCAGUGUUUUAAAUCAGCAUGGAUGUAUGAAGUAUUGCACUCAGGCUUCUCUUUCCCAAACAAUUAUAAAAACCUUAAGACUGCCCUAUUGGUCUAUGACAAGGAGGUCCAGUGGACUCUUGGAGCUAUACUUUACAGAACAAGGUUUCUGCCUUUGAGGGACAUCCAACAGGAAAGCCUGAAAGGAGCACACUCUCACUGGCGGCACAGCUUCUCCUUUGUCAACAACCACUACUUAUUCCUGGCUUGUUUUUUCAUUGUGCUGUUGUCUAUAAUGUUGUACUUACUGCGACUCCGCCGCAUCCACCGGCGCACGGCACAACGCUGCACCCCCUCCUCUGUACCGUGGCUGGAAGAGGGCCUUGGCUCACCCACACUCCCUAUCAACCUCUAAACUUUGUAGAGCGUAAAGUCUGGGCAGCAUGUCUGACUUUCAAAAGCCAAUCUUCACUCCUUUCUCUCUGAAGCUGUCUGCUUGUUCUUUCUUGAGAGAUUGUAGUUAGAUUUGGACAAAUGAGGAAGAUCUUAUGUGAGUCUUCAGGCUUACCUGAGCCAGUGUUUGUGUCUAAGUUAUUUUAUUAACAUUGACGUGUCUUUUUUAGAAUUCUUGUUCUUGCCUGUCACACACUCCUUUGUCAAUUUCAAAUGGCAGCUGUCUCCAGGUGUCUUCUAUUUUAUUUCUAAAAAAGACAAACACAGCGGUACUUUUCUCACUAGGUUAUAUUCCAUACCCAAAUACAUAUGUAAUCUAUACUUUGACUUUCACAAAGUUGGACAAAUACACUUAAGUGGCAAUGUGUUUUAUUUUGAAUGUGUGGGCAUUUACCUUUCUUUAUGCCUUUUAUAUGUGCAUGAUCAGAUUUUUCUUUUUUUCUUUUCAAAAGAAACCUCAAAUGCAAUACUAUUUAUAAUUAGUGGAAGGAGCACUUUGUAAUGCAGUUGAGAAUGACACUGCACAGCACUUCCCAGCUGGUAUGGUCUUUUUUUGUGUGUGUCUUUCCUAAAUUGUUAUGCCUCUAGUGCAAUACGUGUCUUGUCACUGUUGGGAGGUUCUUCAAAACACAUCUGCUCUUUUGUGUAGAGUAUCAGUCUCUCUAAAAGCCCUGCUGAAAUUCUUAUGUUGGGUUAUCUGACUAUUAUGUUGGAUACCGCUGCAUAUAUUAUUUUGGGCUUCAUUUUCAGAAGCUGUCAUAUCACUGCUGUGAGGGGAUUGUAAAUGAAAGUACAUGCCCCACUAUUUAUAUGAAAAUUGUCUAGUGAAAUGUUUGCACAGAUGAAUGCGAAAUAAAUGUCACAUUAAAAUUCAGUAACAGAAGGUUUUAUGGAA